CGAGAACAACGACAACCAGAAAAUGAUUCGACAAAUAACGAACACGGCGAGAUGAUGAAUGGUACGUCUUUAUUAGUACAGCAACCGGUCCUCGUGCGGGACGACGAGAUUGAUAUGGAAUGCAAAAGUAUGAUAAAAAUUGCACUAGCAGAAAAAAGAAGUAAAAAGACACGACAUGACAGGUACAACUUCUACCAACGUGAGAAACUACAGCGCCAAGAGUCGAAUUGCGGUGCAGGACGAACAACAACAAGUUCCAGGCACCGAGCUACUACUUCCAGUGUUUCAGGAAAACAAGUCGGAGGUUAUCGAUCUCUGCUCCGAGUCAGCUGCGGAGGACGACAGGGAGGAUGGAAGUGAAGAGAGUGGUCCUGGACAAAACGAUGAUGACAGGGGUAUCCUGUGUAAAAACGUUCCCACCACCGAGUUGUCAUGCAAAUGUGCAAUGACAGAAGCUUUUGUGAUGCGAAUCUCCCCACGACAGGCAUUUGCAAUCGUGCUUUGGCAUUUGUAAUCCUGUUUGUAAACAGCAUGUGAAGUAAAUUGCUUUCUCAUGCGGCUUCCCUUGCUAAGCAGCACAAUACUGCAGAUGGGAAGUUGUUAUGCACAACUCCUAAGGUUUAGAGAUUUGUGUUGCUGCAGAUUUAAUACCAACUUGACUACGCUGGGUUGGGGACGUUUUUGCUCAGGAUAAGUGUUGAAUCUUCCGCUCCGGCCGUGGAGGAGACCGGAGGGUGGACGAGGGAGCGAAAGGUUGUGGUCGUCGGUAUUCACAUUCUUCUGAUUUUUUCACGUAUGGAGAUCAAAAACGUAUUCGUACACACGGCACGAUUGAUUUUUUUUGUAGAACAAAUAAGAGAAGCGGAGACCUCAGAUAUUUGUUUCUAGCUAGUACUUCGGGAAUUUUAUACAACGGGAACUGUAGCUGGUGGACGACAAAAAAUCACUCACAGGCAACUACGCAAUCUUCUUCGAAGACGAAAAGAGCAGUAGCGAGGAGAGUGCGCCGGUGGGAGUAGACGUCGACAACAGGGAGCGAAAUUCUGUGCAAGGUUCUGCGAACACGCAGCUUUCAAGUUCCCAUGGCGGAGUUCUCGCAGGCCUGGCUGGCGCGUCCAGCUCUUCGUCAUCGUCUUCAUCCAGCAGUAGCACGAAUAGCAACUACCCGGCUUUGACAGGUACUGAGGGUCGCGAAAAGGAUGCAAAUAUGAACCGAUUCCACGCGGUAUGGGAGCAAGAAAAGCAAGAAAAAAUCGGAAUGCUGGUGGAGAUUUUUCAAGAGCAGGACAUUUCAGCCGAAGAUGCAGAACAGGCCCUCGAGGAACACCGCUGGGAGCUCCAGCGGGCGGUGGACACCAUUACCGAACACAACGAGUCCCAGGAGCAGGACCUGGAGAUGAACUGGCGCGACAGUGGCGCAUCCCCAUCCCGGGUACUUUCCGUAGAAGCAGGCGAAAGAAAAAGAGCUGCCUCGUCGCUGAUUUCUUCUAGCGGAGAAGACGAGGCUUCCAGUUCUAGCGGGGCCUCUUCUGACGACGAGAAGGUGGACGACGCGGAGCAGCUGGGCGUUGCGGGGGCAGAGCGAGGAACUUUCAACCACCACACGGUGACGGGCGGUAAGGGCUUUACAAGAAACGUUUUGAUGAUGUCGGGUAAAAAUGAUUCUUCCCAAAUAAACUACAAGCACAAGCCCACGGUGGACGAGAACAGCACCAGCAAAGAGGAGGAUGAUUCGGAGGUGGAGGUAGAUCACGUCGUUAUCAAAUGAAAAUAUGUCUGGGUCGUGUGGAACCUUGUGAUGCUGAGCGGCGAAUCUAAAGAACGCAGCAAGUCACGGCUCAGCAUGACAAGUUUCGGAGUUGCAGUUGCUGGGUGUUGUGUGUUCAGCAUGACAAACUGCGUUUUUGCAUGAUUUUGCAUUUUCCACAAAAGGACCCCGACAUACUUAUUUGCAAUGCAUAAUCGUUAGCACGCAGCAAAACUCCGUGCAGCCGGGCGAAGACGACGACGCAGUCGACAUCCAGGUACCAGUAACAACUUCCGUGACCGGCGAGAGAACAAAUAGAGCUCACGUUGCUAGCAGCAAGCAAAUAUUAAACGAGGAUUCUUCAUCUGGCGAGGAAGCAUCAGUCGACGACGAAGAUUUUUCCAGCGGUGCGUCCUCAGACGAGGAUUUUUCUAGCGAGGAUUUGAGUUCCAGCGAGGGGGACCGCGAGGAAGAGGGUUUAUCAUCGCGUCGAAGUUCUCGACCGAAAACGGGCAUCAGAAAGUAGGCAAUUUUACUUUCGUGCUUGAACAGCUGUGGCAGUUGUAAAUACGAGCUAGUCCUUCAUAGCGAAGCUUUCGGACGGUAGAUUCACAACUCUUUUAUGGAUGAAAAUUAUCGACUCUUCAGUGUGGUUUUCCGAUUACAGAAAAGCAGCGUAAAUUUUCCCAGUUGGAGUGAGUCCGUGAUUUCAGUAUGGUAUGAGUUUUUGCGAACUUUUUUUGUUUCCAUGAAAUUUGUGAUUCAGCAACGUGCUACAACCGUGCCGACCGGAAAUGAAUUGUUUCUUAUGUAAAUCAGCACGUGUACCUUGUUUAUUGGAACCUGCACAAUAAGUGCGCCCCAGGUUAAGAAUGGUGUUGCAACCGAAAGUUUUGAUGUAGUACAAUUUCGAUCUAGGAUGCAUGACGAAAUCCUGGCUUUUCGUUUUUGUGAACUUUUUUUUGUUUCCAUUUAUUACUUUUAAAAGCCAGUAUAAGAUUAAGAUCCUACUUAGAAUCAACGCUGUAUGAUGAAUAUUAGUGAAGAAAAUUUUCAAAAUUUUCGUGUGCUGUGUGUGAGAUUUGUAAUGGAAGAAGAAAUUUCGAUUUGACUUUAUUAAAAUCAUCGUCGAUAAUAUGUUGUUUCGGACAACGAACAAGAACAUUCAGGUUUUUUGAGUGACAAGAG